GCACAAGCACCGUCUCAGCUUUGACAGCUGCUCCCUGGGACCGGCAGCAAUUAGCUUCCUGGGUGGUGCUUGUUUCUUCCCGUGACACAGCCGUGUCAAGAGCCCCACAAGACUGCAUGGUGAACACGGAGGAAAUGUUGGAAACGGAGCUACCUUUGUUUUUCAUGUUUGUAGAUGUCGGUGUUGUUGCAGGAGGGAUAUCAGUGACCCACACCGGCCUCCCUAUCCUGGUCUGUCUGGCCAACACGCCUGUCUCCUUUAGCUGCAGAAUCAACCAUCAGGACACCCCAGAAUUCAAGGACUUCACAGUUAGCUUCUUUCAUGAGGAUCUCCAUGGCAAGAGAAGCUUGGAGAAGCCGAUUGACUGCCAACACAGUCCUGGCGCAGGGAAUCAAACCCUGGAUUGCACGGUUAAACUCAGCCUGCCAACUGCAGCGGCCACAGGCACUUAUUACUGCUUAGUCCAAGGGCGCGUCUCGGCGCAGGGCAGCGGCACCUUCAUUCUGGUUAGAGACACAGCAUACCAGCCACCUUCAUUCAAGCUCCAGGAGGCCCUGUUGUUUGGCUUUACCGGCCUGCUGAGUGUCCUGAGUGUGCUGGGCACAGCGCUACUGCUUUGGAAGAAGAAACAGAUGUCAGUUCUGGGCAAGUACAUCACCAGGACAUGGCCUGCUCCCAAAUCCGCCAACAGAACCACAAAGCCUCCAGCAGAAUCCAUCUACACGGGCCUGCAGCCCAGAGAGGCAGAGGUCUACGCCUGCAUCGAGGAAGAGACUGGCAGCCCUGUUUCCAGCCAAAGCGCUCCCCCAAAGGAUAAAUUGAAUAGGUUUGAGGAAGACAAUGAAUUCAACCUGGUCUAUGAAAAUCUCUAAAAGUUCUAGAGGCCUUGAUCCUUGUCUUGGAUUAGGACCCCAAAGCCACUUCUCUCGUCCAAGGACCUGAUCUGGGCCAGGAAUAAGGACCACAGAACAUGCCAUCACCUUGCCUGCACAUGGCCCUCCCUGCCUUGGCCUGGCCUGCUCUCACAUGCCAGCCUGUAGUUCAUAUCUCCAGGCGUUUGUCCAGCCUGUUCCCUCCAUCAAGACGGUCACUCUUCUCCUGGCCCUGUGGACAAAGUGCUCCUCAGUCCCACUGGGCUCUCUGGGACACCAUCUCUUUACCUCUUCAUCCCGUACUGCCAUCCCCUGCAGAGCUGAGUACAUGGCUCUCUGGGCACCAGCCUACAUCUUGGUCCAUAGGCAGACCUGCCCCUAAUGGGACCCCUGUCAGGGCUGAGCCUGGCCACUGAGCCAUGCUACCUGCUCAGUCAGCCCAAAGGCACAAGGUGGCCACAUACUGGGUGGAGCUGGAAAAUGGGAUGGUUAAGGAGAGAUGAAGAAUGGGCACCAAAGAAACAGCACAAAAGCUGGUUGGACCCAGGGUCAGAUAUGGAGGUUUAAGAUAAGGUGGUGAGCCAAGGCCAGGAGCGGGGACAUUCUAGACACGCUGGUAAGAAAGGCGAGUCUAGCUUGUUUGGGGUAGGGGUGGAGGGCUGACUAAACAGGACCCCCCAGCUGGUUUCCCAUCAGCCUGUGUGGGCACUCACUCACUGUGCCCACUGCCAUUGGCUCUCCAGGCCUCUGCUCCUUAGUCAACCGUAAGACCCAGUUCCCCCAAAUCCUCUCCUUAUGGCGUAUUCUGGCCCCACCACCUGCGGCUUCAUCCCCUUUUUCCUCUGUCUUUAUUUAUUCGCUUUUGGCCCAUCCCAUCCUGCCCUCACUUCAGAUGGAGACCAGCCUUGCUGUCUCCAUGCUGCCUCCGUAUGGCCUGUGUUCAGCUUCCUGGGGUAGGUGGUCGGCUCUCUGUGCUGGAGAAUCUCAAACCAGGGUGGACAAAAGUGGCCCUUGGCCUUUCUGCCCCUCCAGGAACUCAUUCAAGAGACUUCCUCAUUUCACCCUGCAGACAGCCCGGCAAUAGGGAAACCAUCUCCUUGGAAGACAGGGACUGAACGUCUCGGUGUCCCAGGCUGCAGGGUUCCUUUCUCACUCUUCUUCCCUCUCCAUUGCCUGCCUCUCCGUUGGCUUUCCCAGACUCAGUUUAUCUGUGAAACAGGCAGGUCAGUCUGUUCCCUUUGCUUUCCAGGAUGCUUCAAAAGGUCCUGGGAUGUUCUCAUUCCAAAACCCCUUGGUGCCCAGGGGACGUGGAGAUGUCAGUGUGCAGACACCUAGCCUGGCCCAAGCCAUACUGAACCAUCACCCCUCAGGUAACGCUUCUGCUCUGCAAUGACACCCUCCUUAAAGGAAAAGAAAGGCUAGAGCAGAGGACACAGACUGACGUCCAGAAGCCCAUUGUACCCUUGGAUAGUGGCAUCAGGCUUUUCUGGGCCCAGUGGACAGUCAGCAACCUACAAGCCUGGUUCUAUCUAGGCCCUGCUCUGUGAACAUCCAACAAGCAAAGCUCCUCAAGGCUGGCUUCAUGGAUUCCUGGUCUGUGAAGGAGACAGAGCUGCCUCCAGGCUCCUGACUCUGGCAGCCCCGAGAUGAAGGUCAGGACUAGAGUGGGAACUUCAGCCAGCAAGGACUUGGCCGCUACUUCCCCCCACUUCCUAAGCUCUCUGGACUCUCUGACUGGGACUCAGGUUUUUCCAGUCCUUUCCAGGAGGGUGAGGAAGUCCGGUGGGACUUCACAUGGCGCCCUGGCUCAGGACCCAGGCCUCCAGCAGUCCCCACUGCCUCUUCCCUAGAAAGCCGCUGAGGGAACCUGACAAGGCCCACGUUGUUUUUGUUCCUUCCCCAUGAAAAGCCUUUCAUGGCUUCUACUUCACUUGCAAUAAAAUCACAACUCCUGGGGGCCGGAGAGAUGGCUCAGAGGUUAAGAUCAC